GAAAGUGCUCGGUGAGACCCAGCUGAAAGGUCUUCUCUCUCUGUCUCUCUGUCUGUCUGUCUGUCUGUCAGCCUUUUGACAACCACACACUCGAUUAACUGGUGUGUCCACGUGGAUAAUCAAUCAUGGAAUUAUUGGUUCGAUAUCUGGACAGGAGCAAUUCCAUUAGCUCUGUGAUGACUCAAGAUGUUAUCAAAGAGGAGAACCUGAGAGAUGACCUGAGGUACUACUUCAUGAGCCCGUGUGAGAAGUACCGGGCCAGGCGACACAUACCCUGGAAACUUGGGGUGCAGAUUCUGAAAAUCAUCAUGAUCACCACACAACUCAUCCUGUUCGGCCUCAACAACCAGCUGGUGGUGUCUUAUAAGGAGGAGAACAUGAUGGCCCUCAAAAACCUUUUCCUGAAGGACUACAGCGGGGUGGACGAGGACGACUACAGUGUUGCUGUCUACACGCAGCAAGCUGUCCAUGACAGUCUGUUUUAUGUCCUGGAUCAGUAUAGCCAGUUCGGCCGGCUCUCUGUGGGUCCCAUCAGCUACGCCGAGGAUGAGGACGGCAAGCUGCUGCCUCUCACCCUCUGUAAAGAGUACUACAAGAGAGGUAGCGUGGAGCCCUCAAAUGAGGCCUAUGACAUAGACGCUCAGCUGGAGACAGUUUGUGUGACCCAUGAUCCAAACACUACAAAUCAACAGAAAACCCAGAAUUCAUCCUUUUUUGAUCUGGACUUUUACAGGUUAGUUGACAUCAAAAUAACUUUCCAGCUGAGAGGCAUCAACCUUCAGACUGUGCGUUCACGAGAGUUACCUGAUUGCUACGCUUUCUUUGUUACGAUUACAUUUGACAAUCAGUGUCACAGUGGGAAGGUGAAAAUAUUCCUGGACAUAGACGCUCAGAGUUGUGCAUGUCGAAACUGGAAGAUAUCUGGGACGGCUCAGAAGAACACACACUAUCUUCUGGUGUUUGACGUUUUUGUCAUCGUCGUGUGCCUCACGUCAGCUGUGCUGUGCACCCGCUCCAUCGUACUUGCUGUCCGCUUGCUCCAGAGAUUCUCCAGAUUCCUACAUGAGAACUACAACCGUAAAGUGUGUGAGGAUGACCAGAGUGAGUUUCUGAACGGCUGGUAUCUGCUGGUCAUUAUCAGCGACCUCUUGGCCAUAAUUGGAUCCAUACUGAAGAUGGAAAUACAAGCGAAGAGUCUGACCAGUUACGACGUGUGCAGUAUCUUCCUGGGAACGUCUACAUUAAUGGUGUGGGUCGGCGUGAUCAGAUAUCUCGGAUACUUCCAGAAAUACAAUGUGUUAAUUUUAACCAUGAAAGCAGCCUUCCCCAAGGUCCUGCGUUUCUGCUGCUGUGCCGGCAUGAUCUACCUCGGCUACACCUUCUGCGGGUGGAUCGUACUGGGGCCGUACCAUGAGAAGUUUGAGGGCCUGAGUCGUGUAGCGGAGUGCCUGUUCUCCCUGUUGAACGGCGACGACAUGUUCACCACCUUCGCUCAGCUGAAGGACAAAAACAUUUUGGUGUGGCUCUUCAGCCGGGCCUACCUCUACUCCUUCAUCUCCCUCUUCAUCUACAUGGUGCUGUCACUCUUCAUUGCCCUCAUCACCGAUGCCUAUGAGACCAUCAAGAGAUACCAAAAGGAAGGAUUCCCAUUGACGGACCUGCAGAAAUUCCUCCGAGAGCAGAAAGAUUUUCCUGUUGCAGAGGAGAGCAGUCAGACAGACGUUCACGUCAGACACUCUGUGCUCUGCUGCUGUCAACGAGUUCCUGAAAAUGACGACGUCAUUCUGAUCAGCUGACAGCUGUCCCACCGGGAGGAGGAGGAGGAGGAGGACUUCACAUGUCUGAUACAGACUUCGAGAUCAAGCGAUGCACCGCAAAAUCUUUAAUAGUGUAGAGUUCCAGGCGAAAGAUUUUGCUGAGGGUUCCUCUCGAGCAUGAAACUGAAGCGCUGGCUUAUGAGUUGUGCCUGGAAACAAAAAAGAGAGGUUUCAUAAUGAUAUCUACUGGAGUGCAGGAUACUGUUGAUAUGUUUACAGGGCCUAUUUAAGGUCUGCACAUGCAUUUAGUUGCCAAAGAACUGGAUUUAGUGUUUUUCUGUAUGUGACUGUUGCUGCAAACGCUGGUGCAAUGUGAUGCAGUGCUAGAUGUAAUUUAUUUGUCAAGUGUCUAGUAAAGAGUGCAGUAAUGCUAUUUUUUUUUUCA